CAUUGAAAGGCAGCUCAGAUGGGCACUGAUAUGUGGCAUUGAUGUGCACUGGUAUGCACUGAUAUGUGGCAUUGAUGUGGCACUGGCACGUGGCACUGGCACGUGGCACUGAUGGGCACUGGCACGUGGCACUGAUGAGCACUGACAGGUGGCACUUCUGGGGCCACACUGAUCAUCAGGGCACACUGAUCAUCAGUGCCCUGAUGAUCACCGAUUGACAGCUCGAGAGGAGAGAAAUGCCGAUAACCGGCAUUUCUGUGUUUAUAUGUGAUCAGCUGUGAUUGGACACAGCUGAUCACAUGACCGAGCCGACAUCUUUGGCUCUUUCCGUGAUCCACUGUGUCCAAGGGACA